AUGAAUUUUAGAGCUGGCAUCGUUUUGCUCUGUUUAAUGGGGCUCACCUGUGCCGAGCCAGUCAAGUACCUCGACUGUGGCUCGUCUACAGGCAAGGUGACUAUUGUGGACAUUACUCCUUGUCCCGCUCAGCCUUGCCAGCUUCACAAAGGACAGUCCUACAGUGUCAACGUGACUUUUAACAGCGCGGUGCAGAGCCAGACGAGCAAAGCCGUGGUCCACGGCGUCAUUGCCGGCGUUCCCGUCCCCUUUCCGAUUCCCGUCGCGGACGGUUGCAAGUGCGGAAUCAGCUGCCCUAUCCAGAAGCAGCAGAGCUAUCACUACGUCAACCAACUGCCCGUCAAGACGGACUAUCCUGCGAUCAAACUGGUGGUGGAAUGGGAACUAAGAGAUGAUGCUAAUCAAGAUCUGUUCUGCAUUAAGUUCCCUGUAGCGAUUGUUUGA